AUGCUGCAAGUGCUGCAAGCUCUUUGUGCAGUGGAAGCACCUUCCGCAUUCCUCGAGGCUCUGUUGGAUUCUUUACAUGGAUGGGCAUUUGUACUGCAGAUUUGCCACUACCCUCCAGGCAAUAUCAAUACCCUUAAUAGAGCUCUCAACAGCUAUCAUAGUAUCCCCAGCACCCUUAACAACUAUUAUAGUACUCCCAACAAUUAUUAUAAUAUUUCUAGCACCCUCAAUAGCUAUACUCCUAGUAGUCCUAGUACUCCUAGUACUCCUAGUACUCCUAGUAGUCCUAAUACUAAUACUCCCAGCAAUCCUAAUACUCCCAACAAUAUUACCCUUAUUAAUCCCAGUCUUAAUAUACCCUCUAGUCCUAAUUCGACUCCUAAAACAAUCUCCUAUUACUUUAAUAAUUAA